UACACCAUGUUCGAUUAUGAACAGUUAAAAAUAUUAUAUGUAAGCUAAAAUCUGCAUUCAGUUAUAGUUAUUGGGCAGAAUAUUAACGGGCAGAAAUUAAAAGCAGGAAAUGUUCCUAAUGCAAUAAAUUAUAAAAAGGCGAAAUAAUUCUAGCCGUGUAAAAUAAAAUUUUUUUUUAGAAUAAAAACAUAUUUGGUUUCUUUGUAAAUUCGAUUAAAACUUCGCAUCUGUUUAAACAUGGAGGAAUUAAUGAAACUGGAUCUUUAUGAUUUAUUGAAUAUAAGUUCAACUGCCGAAGAAAAAGAAAUAAAAAGUGCUUAUAGAAAAAAAGCAUUAGCCUGUCACCCUGAUAAAAAUCCUGAUAAUCCUAAAGCAGCUGAACUUUUUCAACAACUCUCUAAGGCAUUACAAGUACUUACAGACAAGUCUGCAAGGGCUGCUUAUGAUAAAGUCUUAAAGGCAAGAAAAGCAGCCCAGAUUCGACACAGAGAACUUGACAGCAAGCGCAAAAAACUUAAAGAAGAUUUAGAAGCUAGAGAAAAAGCUGCCCAAGAGUUUGAUGAACUUAAAUCUGCAGAGAAACUUAAAAAAGAAAUUGAUAGAUUGCGAAAGGAGGGAUCGAGCAUAGUUGAAAAGGAGAUGGAACUUCUUCGCCAACAAAUUAUAAAUGAGAAUUUGGGUGUUGACAAAGAACAGCCAACGAAUGAAGACCAACAACCAAGAUUAAAGGUGAAAUGGAAAAGUGCUAAGUCUGAAAUAUCUAAUGGAGGCUAUAAUAAAGAAGAUCUUGAGAAAAUAUUUGAAAAAUAUGGUCAAGUGAAUGUUUACCCGUCAAAAAAGCGUUGCACUGCUAUUUUAGAAUUUUCAAGUCUUGAAGCAGCUCAAAGAGCCUUUGAAUUAGAGAAAGGAAAUACGGAUAUUCCUCUUACUGUAUCAUGGCUUAGUGGUCAGCCCCAACUGCCAAAUAAUGCUCGGUUCCAAAGUCCAUCUACUACCAGAGGUCCACCACCUGAGUUUGGAGAGAACAGUGUUAGCCCUUUGACUUCAAGAGAUUAUGAAAGUAUAGUUUUAAUGAAAUUGAGACAAGCUGAAGAAAGAAAGCGUCUUAUUCAACAAAUGAUGGAAGAAGAUGAUUAAUAAAUUUUAAUUUGCAUUUAGCUUAGGUUUAGUAUUAAAUUUUCCAUUUUUACCAUUUAUACAAAAAUGUUUCUUUCAAAAUGAAGCUCUUAAUAUAUUAUAAAGGCAAAUCUUAUUGUUUAGUCUUCUUCAACAGAUUAAUAAUAAAUGCUAAACUGUCAGAUUUCUAUUUUAUACUUUAUUUAGAGUCAGUGUAAAUACUUCAAGCUUGUUAUAUGUACAAAGAUAUUCACUUGUUUGCUAUAUUAAACUGUUUUUUUUCCUUGUUA